AUGAAUAAUAAGAUUACUGAGGAAAAUGUUAUAGUUGCCGUUAGAGUUAGACCAUUUAAUAAUAGAGAACUUAAACGAAAUGCUCAAUGUAUUAUUGAAAUGCCUAAUUUAAAAGAAACUAUAAUAAGAAAUUAUAAAGAUAAAAAAGAAGAAAAAAAAUUUCAAUUUGAUUAUAGUUAUUGGAGUUUUGAUAAUUUUUUUAUUGAUAAAGAUGGAGUUAAUAUAGGUGAAUCACCAAAAUAUAUAAAUCAAGAAAGAAUUUUUAAUGAUAUUGGAAAAAUUAUAUUAAAUAAUGCUUGGAAAGGUUUUAAUGUUUCAUUAUUUUCAUAUGGUCAAACAGGAUCAGGUAAAACUUAUACUAUGGUUGGUUUUCAAUCUAAUAAGGGUCUUGUAUCAAAUAUAUGUGAAAAACUUUUUCAAACAAUAUUAGAAAAAAAAGAAAAAAAACAUGAAUAUCAAAUAUGUAUAUCAAUGUUUGAAAUUUAUUGUGAAAAAAUACGAGAUCUUUUGGUAACAGAAAAUAUUAUAAAAAAUAAUUUAAAAAUUAGAGAACAUCCUAAAACAGGAUUUUAUAUAGAAAAUUUAAAAUAUUUAGAAGUAAAAUCAUUUAAUGAUAUUGAAAAACAAAUAGAUAUUGGUACAAAAAAUAGAUCAAUAGCUUCAACUAGUAUGAAUAUGACAAGUAGUCGUGGACAUACAAUUAUAAGGUUAAAUUUUAAACAAAAAAUACCAAAAAAAUCAGGAAAUGGUACAACGACAAAAAGUUCAGAAAUUAACUUAGUUGAUUUAGCUGGUAGUGAAAGACAAAAAGAUGCUGAAAUUGAGGGACAAAGAUUAAAAGAAGGAAUUGUUGUUAAUAAAAGUUUAACAACACUUGGCCGUGUUAUAAAAACAAUUGUUGACAUACAACAAUGGAAAGGUAAAAAUAAAUCAAAUGUACAAAUUCCAUAUCGUGAUUCUAUAUUAACAUGUAUUUUAAAAAAUGCAUUAGGUGGAAAUUCUAAGACUAUAAUGAUAGCGACUAUCUCACCGGCAGAUAUAAACUAUGAUGAAACAUUGUCAACAUUACGAUUUGCUGAUAGAGUUAAAAACAUUAAAACUAAAGCUAUAAUAAAUGAAUCAGUUACAGAUAAAUUGAUAAGAGAAUUAAUGGAUGAAAAUAUUCGAUUAAAAGAACUUAUUGACAAAGGUGUAUCUAUAGAUGGAAAAGUAGCAAGUGAUGAUGAGGUGGAAGAAUUAAAAAAGCUACUAGAAAAUAAUAAAAUAGAAAUGAAAAAUUUAAAAAAAAAAUGGGAAGAAAAAUUUAAUUUAAAAGAAAAAGAUUUAAUACAUUAUAAUGAAGAUAUUAUUAAAAAAAAGAAAGAAAUACCACAUUUGUGGAAUUUAAAUGAAGACCCAGCAUUGACAAAUAAAAUUGUACAUUUUAUAUAUAAAAAUGAUACAUUAGUCACAAAUCAAACAGACAUUACAUACAAAAAUAAUAAAAUUGUUUUACAAGGAUUAUCAAUAAUGGAAAACCAUGCAAUUAUUUUUAAUAAAAAUGAUAAAAAAAUAUUGUUAAAACCAAAUGAUGGUAAAAAAAUAUUAAUUAAUGGUCAUAUUAUAUAUGAAGAAACUGAAUUAAAACAAAAUGAUAUUAUUCUUUUUGGUGGUAAUCAUAUGUAUGUAUUUCAAAAUCCCAAAAAAGAAGGAAUGUUAAAUGUAAAUGAAAUUACUUAUGAUAUGGCUCAAAUUGAUAUUGCAAGAAAUUGUGGAUUUGGAAAUCAAUUAAAUGGAAUUGGUAUAAAACAAAAUAAUAUUCCAGAAUUAGAGGAAGAUCUUAUAGAAUUGAUACCAAAAAUUGAUAGAACAAAUUUGAUGUGUAAACAAUUAAAAAUUGAUAUUGAAUAUAGCAUUAUUUUAGUCACUCCAGAAAGCAGAGGAUUGUUAAAAGGAUCUGAUCAAGCUUUAGUCAAAGCAACAAAUCAAAAAGAAGAUAUUUUUUUUAUUUGGUCAAAGGAUAAAUUUUUGACAAGAUAUUAUGAUAUUGAAGAAAUCUAUCAAAAUUAUAUUGAAAACAAGAAAGACUAUAUUAAAUGUAAUAUGGAUUAUCCUUUUUUUGAGUCAUUAAAAAGUGAAGUUUACAUUGGAACUUGUUAUGUUUCCUUAAAACCAUUAGCCAAAUUAAUUGAUAUUUCAAAUGAUAUUCCAAUUAUUGAUUUCAAUGGUGAAACAGUUGGUUCAUUAACAGUAUCUUUAGUUUCAUGUCAAUUAAGUGGUAAGGAAAUAGUUGGAGAAUUUGUAGAAAAAAGUAAAGAAAUAGUUGGUAAAAAUAUAGGAUUUAAAAUAAAGAUAUAUACAGCUAAUUCUUUAUCUAAAAGAUAUGAAAAAUGUUGGUGUAGUUAUAAAUUUUUUGAAGAAAGUUUAAAAAAAACUAUCGUUGGAAAAGGAAAUGAUGUAGUAUUUGCAUAUGAAGAUGUCUUUUACUAUAAGCCUGUUACAAAAAAAUUACUAGAAUACUUAGAAACAAAAACUUUAAUUAUUAAUGUACACGGAUACCAAAAAACAAGAUGUAGAGAUAAUUUAGAUCAUGAUAUUACACUUAAAAUUAAUCAAAUUUUUGAUGAUCCAAUUGAAAAAAAAAUUGAAGAAUUAAAGGUUAAUAAAAAUCAGGUAAAAGAAAAUGACUCUAUAGUUAUUUCUAAAAAAAAAGAUCCAAUUAAAAAAAGAACAGUCAAAAAAAUAUCAAACAAAAUUGUUUCUGAACAGAAAAAAUCACAACUAAGCAAAAAAAUUGUAAUUAAUAAAAAAUAG